AUGGCAUCGCUGAGACCGCGGGUCGAGUUUGGGUCGCUGCCCGACUCGCAGAGCGUCGAGGUGGCGGCGGCAGGGCUUGUGGCGCGGUUUGCGGAUAUGACCAACCCGCAUGUGGUGCCCGAUGUUCUGAAGGCAGCGACGACAUGGCUGGGUGCGCUGCAGGCGUCGACGGAAGCGUGGCCGGUACUGACAUACGCGCUGGCCGAGCUGGCGCCGCCGCCGCCGCCGGCUGCGCUGCUGUUUUGUGCGCAGAUGUUGGCUAACAAGGUGCAAUAUGCGUACCACGAGCUGGGGGCUGUCGAGGCGCGGUCGAGCCUGCGGACAAAGGUGAUGGAGCUGCUGGGGCGGUACGCCGAGGCCGAGUGGGAGGAUGUGGAGACGCGCAACAAGCUUGUGGAGCGGCUCUGCAUCGCGCUCGCCAACGUGGCGGUGCAGAUGAUCGAGUGGACGACGCCAAUUGCCGACGUGGUGGCCGGCUUUGGCGAGUCGCCUGCACUCUCGUUUGUGCUCCUGCGGUUCCUGGCGGUCUUUCCGGAGCAGGUGAAGGACGGGCGGAACCCCGUGAUCUUCAACCGCAAGAUCCAGCUGGCCAACUACCUGGAGGCUGCGUCUGAAGACGUGCUCAACCUUCUGCAUCAGUUUCUGAACAUGGCCAGCGAGCCUGAUGCGCAAAUGGCGCUGCUUGUGGCGUUCCGGUCGUGGCUGACUGCCGGCGAGCUGCCGCGCGACCGGUUGCUCACCUCGCCACUUGUGGAGCUUGCGUUUGAGGCCACCAACCGGCCCGAGCUGUUCGAGGCUGCGCUGGCGACGCUUGCCGAGCUUGUCAAGUACACAACCGAGACCGGAACGGAGCCCGGGAACGAGGUGGCGCUUGCAGUGCUGGACAACUCGCUUGCACUCAGCCCUGCGCUUGCGGGCGUGCUGAAUGGCGACAUCGAGCCGGGCCCACUGGCCGAGGCAAUCAUCCGGUUUUUCAUCGACGUGGGCGAGAGCUACGUGGUGCUUGCGGCACGCGGGCACGAGCCUGCCCUGGCUGCGGUGGAAAUGGUACUGGCCAUCAACUGCGCGUCAACAACGUCGCUGCAGCAUGUGGAGGCGACGAUCAUGUUCUGGUACCUACUCGCCGAGGAGGUUAACCAGUUGCAGUCGGCCAAGCACACGGCUGCGUUUGCCAAGACGUUUCAGUCACUGCUGGCGUCGCUGGUGGAGCGUGCGGCGUACGGGCCCAAUGCCGACAACGAGAGUGACGAGGCGCUGUUUGAUUUUAUCACCUUCCGGACGCGGCUCGGCUCGCAGAUGCUGCGCGACAUCUGCCUGGUGCUGAGCGGGCACGGGGUGCUUGCAGAGCUGUGCUCGAUCCUGCACGGGCUGCCCGAGGUGUACCACGACGAGGCGGGCCGGCUUGUGGGCUGGCAGCCUAUCGAGGCGCUGCUGUUUGGCAUCAAUGCAUUGGCAUCCGAGGUAAGCGCCGAGGAAAACGAGCUGCUGCCGGGUCUGCUGGAGUGGCUUACGAGCCUGCCGCUCCAUGAGCGGCUCUCGACCUCGAUCCUCAUUGUGUUUUCGUCGUAUGCGCGGUGGCUCAAGUACCACCCGGAGCAGCUCGGUACGAUUGUCGAGUACACGGUCGAGCUUGUCUCACAGCCGAUGGUGCAGGAGGUCGCAGCGACGACGCUCAAGUGCAUUUGUGACGACUCUGCGGUGUACCUCGGAGCCAACUUUGAGCAGCUGGGGCAGAUGUUUCUCGACGCGCUGGACGGUGAGUGCUCGCAUCUGACGCGAGCGGAGCUACUCCGCGCCUGCGGGUUUGUCAUUUCCGAGAUGGAGGUGGAGAAGGCAGUUGCAGCGAUGGCACAGAUGUACGAGCCGAUUUCGGAGCGGAUUGUGGCGCUGUGCGAGAGCCUGUCUGCCGGGAGUGGGUCGGACCAGUCUGUGUCGCAGCUGCAAGAGCUCCUUGCGCUUGUGCACUCGCUGGUGCAGGCGUGCUACGUGCCAGACGAGAACUAUGUACACAUUGUGCAGACGCUGGGCAUUGCGUUUAUGCGCGGGACGUGGGGCCUCAUGUCUGCCGUCCUCGAGCUCUGCUCCGAGGUGGAGACCGUUUGCGAGACGAUUUGCGGUGGAGUGCUCAAGUACGCUAUUAAGGCGACGGGCGUCGAGUUUCUGGAGUUUCUGGAGCCGAUUCUGGAGGCUAUGCUUGAAGGCUAUCGGGCGCAGCCGUUUUCAUGCUACCUGUACGUGGUGUACAUGCUUAUGGCACGGUUCUGUGCAGCGUCUGAGCUCGAAGAGCUCAUCACCAGCAAGCUCUCGGCGUUUUCUGUCAUCACCUUUGAGCGACUCCAGCAAGAGAACGGGUUUGUCAUGCACCCGGAAGUGGUCAUGGAGUACUUUGAGAUUGUCGUUGCGAUCUUGCGGCGUGUGCCGCGGCUGGUGGUGGCGGAUAGCGAGCUGCUCCGGACGCUGCUGGACUGCGGCCUAGUGGGCCUCAAAGUCGACCACGUGCCGGCGUGCCGGGCGGUGCUGGCGUUUGUCGACCACAUUGUCGUCUGCGCGCUUGGCACAAACAAGGGCGAGAAGCUCAGCGGCGAGCUACACGAGCUUGUCCUACGAACGCUCGACGAGUACGGACCGUCGAUCUCGUCUGCGCUCGUCCUCACCGUUGUCCACAAGCUCGCUGACCUUGAGACCGAGAUUGCCGCCGUCCUCCUCUCGUUCCUUCAGCUUGACGUGGUCAAGUUCUGCACCUGGAUGUACGACGUCUUGGACCUCAUUCCAGACUCGCUGGUCACACCGCAGAACAAGCACGAGCUGAUGGAGCAUCUGGCCAAGUCGCAGUCGCGAGCAGAGGUCUCAGUCAUCAUGAAGGAGCUGGCGGUUCUUUACCGCAUGCGGGCAGAGGCGCCUGGUGCGCGUUGA